AUGAAAGUCAGCCAGCUGUACAUCUAUCCCGUCAAAUCGCUGCGUCCGACCCUUGUCGGGUCAUCUACUCUUACUUCAGAGGGAUUGCAAUAUGACCGCCGGUUUAUGCUUUUGAAAGUUGAGCCUGGUGACAAUGGAUCCAAACCUACGCUGAAGAAUAUGCAUAUCUCACAUUUUCCUGAAAUGGGACUGUUUGAGACAGCUAUGGAAUUUCCAAAGGAUAAGCACGAAAGUGGGAAAGUCAUAAUUACAUACAAUUCACCAUCGCAGCAAGAUCGAUUGGAUAUGAGGCCGCGUGAAGCUAGAUAUCUUGAGAUACCUUUACGUUUAUCCUCGGUUAGAGGAAGGAAGAAACUCCAAGUCAUGAUGCACCAGAGCCCAACGACAGGGUAUGAUAUGGGAUCUGAGUAUAACGAUUGGUUUAGUGAAUGCUUUGGAUACCCUGUUGUCCUGGCAUAUCUGGGUGAAAACUCAAGGGGAGUCCUGGGUACCCUGGCUCCGGAGAGGCGGAAUAGACUUGCUUGGUGGACAGUAUGGUACCAAGCUCUGACGGAUAUAUCUAAGAAAUCCGUGCUGUUCUUAGUCUUCUGGGUGUAUUUGCUCAUUCGCGCCAUUCAUUUCUUCAUCAGCACAACAUCUAAUGAUACUCUCAAGCCUCAAUCCGCUUUGGGGGCAACUGCCACCGUCCUCAUUGGCUGGGUAUGGAUUACUCAUUGCAUCUUUACAAAGCUACAAAAAGCACAUAUCGGCUUCUCCGACUGCGCACCCUUUCUUGUUAUCUCCCAGGCUUCUAUUGAUAAUGUUUCCGCCCGGCUGCCAGAGGGAGAGGAAAUGGAUCAUACCAAGUUCCGGCCAAACAUUGUUCUAUCGGGCGCCGAUUCAGCUUUCGAAGAGGACUUUUGGACCGAGCUUGUAGUAGGACCAGAGAGGGCACGCCUCUUACUAACUGGGAAUUGUGUGAGAUGUCAAAGUCUUAAUGUCGAUUACCAGACUGGUAAGAUGGCGGAGGGUGAGACAGGGACAGUGCUAAAGAAAUUAAUGAAAGAUCGACGAGUAGAUCGGGGAGCUAAGUUCAGUCCGGUGUUUGGACGAUACUCGUUCCUGCAUUGGACUGGUCGUGGCGACAUGGUUCGGGUGGGUGAUGAGGUAGAGGUUGCAGCUCGUGGGAAGGAGCGGACUAUUACGGGUAUGUACUCCACGGCUGUAUGA